AAUAUCAUUCAUUAUCGCGUUAUGAAUUAAUAAGUUUCUGCGUUGCAAUUUAGGAUCUAAAAAGCGACUUUAAUCGACUUAAUAUAAGAAGCCUGCCUAUGACAUUACUGCAACUGAAACUUUUUACAUUCUACAAUUUUUACAUUCUCGUCGUUUAAAUUGCAUAGGAAUUUUUUCUGUCUUUCAAAAGUGUGGCUACAGUUUUUCUCAGAAAGGAAAAUAUCAUAAACGAAACAUCGACAAUAUUUUCAAAAAUUUCGCGCAGUAACGGCUAGUCGUUAUCACCUAUUUUAUCGUUAUCACGCCGGACCAAUCGUGUUGGACAAAUGUGAAAUAGCGUGAAAAGCCGGACAUGCAAUAAUUUUUAUACCCUACCCUAGGAAAGUGAGAGGAAUAGUCACUCAGAGUAAUUAUGGAAGAUUCCACGGAGGCACAAAAGUGGCAGCAACAUUUAUCUCUAUUGCGGGAGCAGUACGUUAAUUUAUAUAAUACAAACACAGAACUUCAACGCGAGUAUGCUAUUGUGACUGCAAAUAAACAAGAUACUGGAUUUAUUGGUAGACUCUUGACGACUAUUGCAUCCUUAUACAGCCAACAUCGUUAUAGCGAUGUAAUUAUCAAAUUGAAAGAUCAAGAGAUACCAGCACAUAAAUUCGUGUUAUCUGCUAGAACAGAUUUUUUCAGUGAUUCAGUACUAUCAGAAGUCACUAUUUUAGAUUGGUCUUGCUUGGAGCCUAAUGUUGGAUUAGUGUUAUUGAAAUGGAUAUACACGGGAAAGGUGUCUCAAGAAAAUUUAACGUUAGAUUUAAUGAAAGCAGCAUCUAAUUUUCAGCUGAUGGAAUUAGUUGAGCAGUGUGAAAAAUAUUUAAUUGGAAUUGUAGGACUCAAAAAUUGUGUGCAAUUAUACGCAGUUGCUGAAGAAUUGGGUACAUUGAAAUUGAAAGAGCAUUGUAGCUCUUUGAUUUCAGCACAUUGGGAAGAUUUAACAGGAGAAGACUUUAAGGAAAUGCCUGGCUCUCUGUUGUACAAAUUAUUACAGACUAAAAGUAGAUAUCCAUUACAUGCUGCUGUUCGACUGAUGAGGGAAGAUGUGGUUUUUUUAUAUUUAGUGGAAAACAAUUCAGAGUUAACGAAAGCUGUUAAUGCCUUGGAUUACAAAGGAGAAAUGCCCUUGGAAGUUGCAUUAAAAACUCGUCAACCAUCAUUGGCGCGUACUUUAGUCGAACACGGGGCCGACUUAAGCGCAAAGGAUUCAAGAGGUCUUUCCUUGCUCCAAGCUGCUAUUUUCAAAGGGGAUUCCUACGCGGCUGAUUUUAUAAUAGAACAACUGGAGAAUAAUGGGAAUACAAAAGAGUUGUGCGAGACUAUGAAACCUGCUGUGAAUGCGAGAGACAUAAAAAAUCUUGAAGAACUUGACGGAUGUACUGCGCUGCAUUUGAUAACAAAGCAUAAUUCAGAAAAUAUGUUAGCGGUUGCAUCUAGAUUACUUCAAGCCGGCAUUGACCCUAACUUACAGAAUCACAGAGGAUGGACUGCCUUACACAGUUGUAUUCAGGACAGAAACGAACCACUUUUUGAUAUUUUACUAAAAUGUCAGGAUAUAGAUUUGAACAAAGUUACCAAUAAUAAUGAUACUCCAUUAUGUAUCGCGAUGAAAACAAAUCCAUUUAACGAAUUUUUUGCUAAGAAACUACUAGCCAAAGGUGCAAUUGCAAAUCCUGUACACAAGAAUACAGGAGAUACUUUACUACACAUUUUGAUAAGGGAAUAUAAAGAAGAAGCUGCUUUAUUUUUAAUCGAUUAUUGUAAGGAUAACUUAAUGCAAAAGAAUAAUGAAGAAUACUCGGUUUUACAUGAAGUUUGUAAAGUUGGUUCAAAGAAUUUAACACGAGCUUUAUUGAAAACUGGCUUCCCAGUCGACGAAGUUGCAUUGUCUACUGGUGAUGCACCAAUACAUAUUGCUGUUUCAAAUUUGUAUUUUGAUAUUGUAAUGGAAUUAUUAGACGCACCUAAUUCAAACACCCAAUUGAAUUUAAAAAACAACGCGAACGAAACUCCUUUAAGUUUGGCUAUUAAAGCACCGUUCAAAAAGGGCAAAGACAUAGUUUUAGCUUUAAUAAAGGCUGGAGCAAAUAUCAACCAGUGCAAUAAUGAAGGUUUAACAUUGUUGCAUCAAGCAAUAUUAAAAGAGGAUUCGGCGACAGCGAUCUUUUUAUUAGAAAAUGGUGCCGACAUGAAUACUAGAACGGCAAACGGAGAAACACCGCUACAACUUUCUGUACACUGUAGACUAGGUGAAGUUGUAGAAGCGCUUUGUAAAAGAGGUGCAGAUACUUCUGUAGGAUGUCCAUUGUGGGAUGCACUGGAUUCAGAUCAAGAAGAUGUAGCAUCUAUUCUAGUUAAAUAUGGAGCAGACACUGAUUGUUGGGGUCUUGGUCCAGAUGAUUGCCAACAAACCCUGUUACACAGAGCAAUUGACCACAACAAAGAGGAUAUUGCACAAUUCCUUAUAAGAAGUGGCUGUGAUUUAAACGCACCUAGAAAACCUGGCCCAGAUGGUGCUGGAGGCGAUGAAUCAAGAGAUGAGUGUACUCCACUACAUUUAUGUUGUCAGUGGGGGUUAGAACAAGUUGUACAAACACUUAUUGAACACGGUGCUGACGUAAAUGCUAGAGAUGUCGAGGGCAAAACUCCGGUUCACGUAGCCAUACAAAAUCAACAUUCACAAAUUAUUUCUCUGUUGCUUUGUCAUCCUAGCAUUGAUUUAAAUAAACGAGAUAAGAAAGGUUUAACGCCAUUUGCAACAGCUCUAACAUUUCGAAAUAACAAAGCCGCUCAAGCUAUACUGGAACGCCUACCUAAAGCUGCUGAACAGUAUGACAAUAAAGGCAGAAACUUCUUACAUACUGCUAUUCAAAAGAAUGAUAUGGAAAACAUAUUGUUUCUAUUGUCUAUACAAGUAGAUGUAAAUUCUAGAGUUCAUGAUGUUACACAAACUCCACCUUUACAUCUUGCUGCAAUUUCUGGAAAUGAAAUGUUGGUGAGAAGUUUAAUAUUGGCUGGUGCACGUGUUAACGAUACAGAUGCAAACAGAAAUACUGCAUUGCAUGCUGCUGCUAAAGCUGGUCAUGCAGCAAUUGUAUCUGCUUUAUUGCAGAACAAUAUUAAUUUUGAUGCUGUAAAUGCAGAUGGUGACAAUGCAUUGCACGUAGCUGUAAGAGAAGGUCAUGUAUCAGUGGUGCGAACACUUUUGACUGAAUGUACAUUGGAUGCAGAAGCUGUAAAUCUUAAAGGAAGAAAUCCCUUACACGAAUUAGCUAGAUGCGGAAAAGAUAAUGCCGCAAAUAUAUGUGAACUUUUCUUGGAAUGUAUGUCACAAUAUCCAGUGAACAAUGCAGAUUUGGAUGGUAAUACUCCAUUACUGAUAGCUUAUAUGAAAGGAAAUGGCCAACUUUGUCGUAUUUUGGUAAAGGCUGGUGCAUGCUUAGGUUCUAUGAAUAAAGAAGGCAUUACAAUUUUCAAUUAUCAAGUAGCAACAAAACAAUUAUUAUACAGAUUACUAGAUUCCUUGACACAAGAAGCACCAUGGGCAGAUAAAGAUCUUUGUCUGGAAUGUGGUACAAAAUUUUCGCUCACAAUGCGAAAACAUCACUGCCGCCAUUGUGGUCGAAUUUUGUGCAAUAAAUGUUCAGAUCAAGAUGUUCCAAUUGUAAAAUUUGGACAAAAUAAACCUGUGCGCGUUUGUGCAGUAUGUUUUGAUGUAUUGCAACUAGGUGCUGAAUGAACAAAACGUUAAAUAAAGAAAAAUACAUAUUCA